AUGGCAAGCAAAAAAGACAUUGAAAGUAUGUUGGAAGAAAAAUUUAAAGUACAAGAAAAUUCAAUUCUAAAGAUUAUUUCUGGAAAUGCAACAAUUCAAAAUGAAAAAAUGGAUAAAAUCUUAAAAUCAAUCGAGUCAAUAACUAAACGGUUGUUAUUAGUAGAAGAAAAACAAAAUACUUUACAACAAACUGUUGAACCCUUCAGAAAACGAAAUUGCAACGUUUCAAAUAAAACCGUUUACGUACAAGAAAAUCUAGACGAAGCAAAAAUCUUAUGCCACGAGCUAAAAGAAAAUAUGAGAAUAUUUGAAGACAGAAUUAGAAUAAAAAAUAUAAGAAUUUACGGAUUACUAAUGAUUAUUAAUGAACAGCUUCAGCUAAAAAAUAUAGUAAUAGAAAGGGCACACAGAAUUGGAAAAGUUUAUAAUAAUAUGGAUACCCCAAAAACUGUUAUACUUAAACUGUUAAAUUAUAAAGAUAAAGAACUAAUCUUGAAAAAUGCAAAGAAACUAAAGGGAAAAGGGAUCUUUAUAAACGAGGACUUUUCGGAAGAAACAAAUAAAAUACGACGUAAUCUUAUUGAGAAAAUGAAGAUUGCAAGAAAUUCCGGAAAAUAUGCAGUUUUAGCAUAUGAUAAACUGAUUGUGAAGGAGUUAAAUCAGAACACUAAAUAA